UGGACCGUGAAUGAUAUGUAGUUAUUAAAGGUCGAUUUCGAGCUUGAUCUGAUGUCCCAACAAAUGCGAAUAUGACAUUAGUGUCAGCUUAGGACCUAAACUUGAAAACAGAGACCUCCAUAGUUUCCCUGCCAUGUUGUUAAUGAAGCUGUCCCGGCCAGUGACGUCCAUGUCACUGUGGGCAUGUUGCCGUGGCAACCAGGUGCUGCAAAAGCCUCAGAUCUUGAGCAUCACCCAGGGUCUCUUCAACCUAGACGUGAGAACUCUGAGCAGCCUGCAGUACUGCUCAAAGUCAACCAUCUUAACAGGCCCUAAUACACUACCCUCACACACACUGGCUCUGGGCCUGCAGCCACGGAGAACUGCCGCCACCGAAGGGACUGGUUGGUACGAGGGUCUGGCCGAUUCAGCACCCGUGCACCUCACUGAGCAGCUCCUGAUCUCUGCCCAGCAGAUGACAGGUCUGCCCUGGUGGGCCAGCAUCAUCUGCACCACCCUGGCUCUGCGGACUGCCAUCACACUCCCACUGGGCGUCUACCAGAUGAUCAUCAUAGCAAAGGUUGAGGCUCUGCAGGUGGAAAUCGCGGAUUUGGCCAAGCGGCUCAGCUAUGAAAUAUCAGUACGGGCCAAACAGAAAAACUGGUCAGAGAAGACCUGUAGGUACCACUUUAAGAAGAAUAUGCGGAGGCUAGUGUCUGAUUUGUAUGUUCGUGAUAACUGCCACCCAUUCAAAGCCAGUGUUCUAGUGUGGGUGCAGCUCCCCAUGUGGGUGUGCCUGUCCCUGGCCCUUCGAAAUCUCAGCACAGGAGCCUGUCACAGCCCCACAGAUCUACAGGGGGAGCUGGCAGUGGGGGGUGCUCUUUGGUUUUCUGACCUCACACUACCUGACUCCACAUGGAUCAUACCAGUCUCUCUAGGCCUCAUUAAUCUUCUUAUUGUGGAGAUAUUUGCCUUGAGGCAACUCCAGGCACCAAAGUUCCAAAAAUACGUGACCAACUUCAUUAGAGGGAUCUCUGUAGUCAUGAUCCCCAUAGCAGCCACUGUGCCCUCGUCCAUGGCUUUAUACUGGCUGGGCUCCAGUUGUGUGGGACUGGGACACAACCUACUCCUGCGGUCCCCUCGAUUCAGAAAGCUCUGCAGAAUCCCCCCAGUCCGCUCAGACUCUGACACACCGUAUAAGGACAUUGUUGCUGCUUUUGUCUCCAAGUACCUCAAAUAGACAGAACCAGAAGAACUACAGCGGUUCAGAACACGUAUUCAGAUCAGGAACUGGGCUAU